AUGGACGAUCUAGCCCAGCUCCAAAGCUGCAGCAACGAGCUCGCCACUGCCAUUACGAGCCUGGCGAGCUACGCUGGAGGUGGAAAUACCCAGCAAGCAAUCAAUAAUCAGUCACCUUUUGAGCCAGAGGAGGUCCAGAGAGCAAAGGGAAACAUCUUAGCGGUUGCCACCAAGCUUAGGGCGUUGAUAUGCGGGCCGACAGACUUUUUGCAGCAUCUCGCGAGCCAGAGCGAAAUCCUCGCGUGUCUGCGGUGGCUUGGUGAGUUCCAGAUUCUGGCCUGUAUCCCGUUGGUGGGUAGCGCGCCGAUCAAGGAUAUCGCCGACUUGACCAACGUUCCCGAGUCUCGCCUGCGCCGCAUCAUCCGGUUGACUGCGACGGCUGGCUUUCUUCGCGAGCCAGAGCGUGACCAUGUGGCACACACCCCCUUAUCAGCAUCCUUCUUCUCGAACCCCUCUCUCCUGGAUGCAGCCAUGUUUCUGUCUGAAUCCGCUGCUCCAACCGCAUUGCAGAUGCCCCAAACCGCCCAAGUGAAAGAGAAAUCGAGCUCGCCUCCAUCCAAUGGUACCCCAUGCGACCUGGCCUUGCCCAGGGGCACGGAAUUCCACACCGCCCGCAAACGGCGCCCAAAGCUGAAUCGUCAAUGGUUGGCAUAUCUUCACCACGCGGCGGGGUUACAUACGGCCGACGAUAUAGCCGCCGUUCUCACGCAGCUGGACUGGCCCAAACUGACCAACGGGCGCGACGGAAGUAUAAUAGAGGUCGGCGUCUCUUCGUGGUCCACGUCGAUAGCUCGACGCCUGGCGCACUUUUACCCGGCGCUCCAUUUCACCGUCCAGAUCAGCGACCCAGCCGCUGCCAUCACCCAAGAGGAGUUCCAUCCCCGGAUUACUGCGACGAGUCGGAUCCUUGGGACACGACAGACGGCGGCGGGGGCGGCGGUCUACAUCCUGCAUCUCCCGUUCGCGUCGUCUUCCCCCAGUGCGGUGAUGACGGAGCUUGCCGUGCACCUCGACGUUUUGCGGUCGCGUAGCGGCAUCCUGCUGAUCCUAACGCCUCGUCUUCUGCCCCAGCCUGGGAGCCUCCCUGACGCUGAAGUGGAGGCGACGGCCCGUUCUCGAGAUCUGGCGCUCUGGCAGAUGGCGGACGAGGGGGAGAUGGAGAUGCUUGAGCUGCUAGAGACGAUUGACACGGUUCGGGACAGCCUUGGAAAAUUAGUCGUGACCUCUAAACUACGCUCGAGGAACAAUUUGGUUGUUGCUGUAACAGUCGAGUACCAGAGGGAUUUACCUAGCUAG